UCGCCUGCGCUCAGGGAGCUGACGUGUCGGGGAGACGGGUUGCGGCUCCUCCCCGCGCGGCAGCCACUCGUCGCGAAGACGGAGGGGCGGGGUGGCCGGGGCCGGCGCUCCCCCUGGCCCCAGCUCCCGGCCCGCCCCGCCGCCCCGGCCCCCCGGAUGAAGGUAUAUAUUAGGAGCUGGCGCUGGACGCAGAUGAGUGGCCGCGCCGAAGGAGCCGGAGCCGGGCGGAGCUGCGGUCGCGCCGAGAAAGGUUUACAGGUGCAGAAAUUACACCUCUGUUAUCACAAAACUUGGCUAUUAGAGCAUUAUGAAUGUUAAUGACCUCAAACUCAGGUUGUCCAAAGCUGGGCAGGAACACCUGCUGGAUUUCUGGAAUGAGUUGGAGGAGGCCCAACAGGUAGAACUUUAUGCGGAGCUCCAGGCCAUGAACUUCCAGGAGCUGAACUUAUUUUUCCAAAAGGCCAUUGAAGGAUUUAACCAUUCCUCCCAGCCAGAGAAAGUGGAUGCACGGAUGGAACCUGUCCCUCGAGAGGUGCUGGGCAGUGCCACCAGGGAUCAAGAUCAGCUGCAGGCCUGGGAAAGUGAAGGACUUUUCCAGAUUUCUCAGAACAAAGUGGCAGUUCUUCUUCUAGCUGGUGGGCAGGGGACAAGACUCGGUGUUGCAUAUCCCAAGGGGAUGUAUGAUGUUGGUUUGCCAUCCCAUAAGACACUUUUUCAGAUUCAAGCAGAGCGUAUCCUGAAGCUUCAGCAGUUAGCUGAAAAAUAUCAUGGCAGCAAAUGCAUCAUUCCAUGGUAUAUAAUGACCAGUGGCAGAACAAUGGAAUCUACAAAGGAAUUCUUCACAAAGCACAAGUACUUUGGUUUAAAGAAAGAGAAUGUAAUCUUUUUCCAGCAGGGAAUGCUGCCUGCUAUGAGUUUUGAUGGGAAAAUUAUUUUGGAAGAGAAGAAUAAGGUUUCUAUGGCUCCAGAUGGAAAUGGUGGUCUUUAUCGGGCUCUUGCAGCCCAGAAUAUUGUGGAGGAUAUGGAACAAAGAGGCAUUUGGAGCAUUCAUGUCUAUUGUGUUGACAACAUAUUAGUAAAAGUGGCAGACCCACGGUUUAUUGGAUUUUGCAUUCAGAAAGGAGCAGACUGUGGAGCAAAGGUGGUGGAGAAAACAAACCCUACAGAACCAGUUGGAGUGGUUUGCAGAGUGGAUGGCGUAUACCAGGUGGUGGAAUAUAGUGAGAUUUCUCUGGCAACAGCUCAGAAACGAAGCUCAGACGGACGACUGCUGUUCAACGCUGGGAACAUUGCCAACCAUUUCUUCACUGUACCAUUUCUGAGAGAUGUUGUCAAUAUUUAUGAACCUCAGUUGCAGCACCAUGUGGCUCAAAAGAAGAUUCCAUUUGUGGAUUCCCAGGGACAGUUAAUUAAGCCAGACAAACCAAAUGGAAUAAAGAUGGAAAAAUUUGUCUUUGAUAUCUUCCAGUUUGCAAAGAAGUUUGUGGUAUAUGAAGUAUUACGGGAAGAUGAGUUUUCCCCGCUAAAGAAUGCAGACAGUCAGAAUGGGAAGGACAACCCUACUACUGCAAGGCAUGCUUUGAUGUCCCUCCAUCACUGCUGGGUCCUCAAUGCAGGGGGCCACUUCAUAGAUGAAAAUGGCUCUCGCCUCCCAGCAAUUCCCCGCAGUGCUACACAUGGAAAGUCAGAGGCCAUCACAGCUGAUGUCAAUCACAACUUGAAGGAUGCCAAUGAUGUGCCAAUCCAGUGUGAAAUCUCUCCUCUUAUCUCCUAUGCUGGAGAAGGACUAGAAAGUUAUGUGGCAGAUAAAGAAUUUCAUGCACCUUUAAUCAUUGAUGAGAAUGGAGUCCAUGAGCUGGUGAAGAAUGGUAUAUGAGCCAGAUACUAAAUAAGUUCCACCACAAUAAGAAUAGCUUUUAUUUUUGAUAGACUGACUGUGAGCCCACAGGACCUCUCCUGGAAUACUCAUGUUUGAAUAUACACAGGCUUUCAUUUUGCUUGUUGAACUCUUGUAACUACUACAUAUUUCAUAAGAUCCAGAUGACUGAACUUCAGAAAGCAUUUUUAUGAUUCACAGCUGAUUGAAGGUCUUAUUUAUAUUUUUCAAUUGUAUUUUUUUUCCAAGCUAAGGAAAACAUUGGCCAUCUUGAAAUUUCUUACAACUUAAGUAUAGUCAGGGUGUUCAACAUCACUUUACUUGGAGCUGGAAGCAUUUGUUUUGAAAUUGUACAUAGUAAUAAUAUGUCAUUGUACAUGUCAAAAGGUUUCUAUGGUACUAAAAGUUUGUUUUAUUUUAUCAAAAAUUAAAUUUUUUUAAGAAAAUAAUUGGACAGUAAAAUAAACUUUUCUUCUUGUCUCAA